CCAUCUUACCUCUUUCCCCUUUUCCCUCUCUGUCCUCUCACACCCCCUUACAAAUUUUUCUCUCUCUAACUCUUUCUCUCUCCUCCCCCCUUAAUUGAAAAAACAAGCUUCUUCCUUAAGUUAAGUUUACCCUUAACCCUUAACCCUUAACCCUUAACCCACCCACCAUGAAUCACCAGAAACCAACACUAUAUGCGGGUAAUCACCACAUGAAACGCAGUCCAUCUGAGCUUGCCCUGCACGCACUCGUCAAUAAUAAUCCAACGGUUGUGGAUCAUCCUCAUCAUUCCCUCUUUUAUGAUCAUGAUCAUACCGCCGGUUUUGUUGAUCCAACGGCUGCCGUUGUUUCCGAUCAUCAUCAUCUUGAUACUUUUGGAUUUAAGAAUAAUAAUAAUCAGCAGGACAUAAUCAACAAUUUCACAGUUGGUGGAGGAUUUGAUCAGCAAGCACUCGCAUGGUACCAGGACUUAGCCCCGCAACAACCCUGUCUCUCUGCGACCAUUGAUUCGCAAUCAUCCAUCUGCGCUGGAAGUCCAACCUCAAUUCUUAUAAAGCCAAAAGCAGGAGAUAAUCAAGGAAGUGGCUCCUCUGAAGAUGAUGAAGAAGAGACUGAAGCCGGUCAGUGUGAGCAGAGCGGCGAUGAUGGUGUUGAUGUAAAGCGUAUUAGAAGGAUGGUUUCUAAUAGGGAGUCUGCUCGUCGUUCCAGAAGAAGGAAGCAAGCACAUCUUCUAGAUUUGGAAGUUCAGGUUGAACAACUCGGUGUAGAAAACACUACACUCUUCAAGCAGCUGAACGCAGCAGCUCAGCAGCUCAGAGAAGCCACAACAAACAACCGCGUGCUUAAGUCAGAUGUCGAAGCACUCAGAGCCAAGGUGAAAUUAGCUGAAGACAGGGUUACAAGAGGAACAAGGAACCAGCUUCUUCAGACUAGUACAUUACCCCAGAUUGCAGCAAGUGUUCAAAGUUUGUCAGGGUUGACAAACAUGACACCAACAAUCAUGGUGCAAGGGCAAGAGGCGUCUUUUGAAGGGGUGUUUUCAUGGCAGAACUCAAAUGAUCAUGUGAUGCAUAGGAGUGGGAUAGGGAGUGAUUGUACUGUUAGUGGGGGUGUUAGCUGUGUGAGCAGUGUCAAUGGUAUUUGGCGUUGACUUGAGAGUAUCGGAUUUGCAUGUAAGUACUCCUAGAUGGUUUUUGUGUUCUAGGAACAAGGUCUUGGUAUAAAAGAGCAAGUUUCAGGGGGGUUGAUCGAAUAAGUCUUAUUGUAAGUCAAGCUAGUUUGUUGCUCAUCUUGUAAGUUUUUUUUUUUUUCUUGUAAUUUUGUUGGUAGCAUAAGAUGUUUUGAACCAAUAUAUUAAUGGUUCACUUGGCUUAUUAUAAAUUGUGAAUCAGUUGAACAAGUUGCACAUGAAA